UUCUUUUUUUACGACGGAGAAUUGGGCAUGAUAGCGGUCUCGUUGACUAAUGAAAAAAUGUUUCCCGUCUCUUUCCCGACAAUUUACCAGCGGAUUUACGCAGGCAAACUCGACGAAAUUAGAAGCGUGGAGUAGCUUCUAGUCUCGAGAAGAAGACGCGAGAAUGCCGAUAGCUCUGGUACUUUUAUCGUCUCGAAAGCUUUUAUCGCGCGCCUAUAUAUCAAGAACCGAUAGCAUCGAAAAUCCAGCGGCAAAUAUAUAAGAGUCGAGCCGAUCUCGAGAACCAGUUAUUCUUUCGACGAAAUUCCAGUGCAACUCAUAACAUUACUCCUCUACAAGCGCGAGCGAAAAAGAAAAAAUAGCAAAUGGUUGAACCAAAAUCCGAGCCCAAACCGGGCGCGAGCUUCAGCAUCGAGGACAACGUGAUAAAAGCGUCGGGCAACGACCAGCAUGCCUACGAGUUUAAGGACUGCAACGUCGGACGUCUGAUCCUGGAGUCGCUCAGCGGUGAACCAGAUCACGUAGGCUUGAUCGAUGCAGCCGAGGACACGAGGACGACCUUCGCCGAGAUGAGGAGGGACAGCGUCAGGUGCGCCUUGUGGAUGAGGAAAAUGGGCGUAGGUCCAGGAGACGUGGUGACCAUCUGCACGAAUAACCAGGUGGACGACUACGUGCCGGUACUGGCGACCUUCUACGUGGGGGCGAUUUUCAAUCCGUGGUACUACGGCAUCGAAUUGCGCGAAGCCCGUCGCCUGAUGCAGCUUCUCCGUCCCCGAUUAAUCUUCGCCUACGAGUCCACCCUACCGACCCUCCUGCAAGCUGCGAAUUCGGAGCACCUGAAAACGAAGAUAAUCCUCAUCGAGCGUCACAGCAAGCUCUACUCCCUGCGCGACAUCCUCGCUGACCAGCCGAUAACUGACCUGGAAAUCGAGGAGUUCCGCUGCCUCCCGAUCUCCGACCCCAAAGCCAGCUCCAUGAUCCUCCUGUCCUCCGGGAGCUUGGGACCCCCCAAGUGCAUCGAACACACCGCCGGUUCGGCCAUGCAGUACUACUACGAGUCUUGGCUCGGCUCUGCCAGGAGCCGCAACAUCUGCCUGUGGUACGCCUCGCUCUACUGGUACAGCGGGACCAUCAAUUUCCUGGAGUGGAUUAUCAAUGGCAAGACGAGGGUCCUCCACGAGAACUACGACUACGAGGAGACCUGCAAAGUUAUCGAGAAGUACAAGGUUGAGAUCCUGGUACUGCCCGUGACUCUGAUGAAGGACCUUCUGAGGCACGACGCCUUCAAGCUGUACGAAAUGCCCUCGCUCAAGUGCAUCUCCGUCGGGGGCAGCUACCUGAGCCAGGACCUCCUGGAGCAAUUGAAGAAACUCCUGCCGAACGUCCACGUGGACAACUUCUACGGUACUAAAAUUUUGUACACUCCUACUGCCGAGUCGAUCAUUAAAAUCAUAAAUCAUUGUACUGUAUUCCGCGCGUUAACAGGCCUGACGGAGGUGGGCAGCAGAUGCAACGAUCCCGCCAGUCGUCCCACCAAAUUAGGCUCGAUCGGCUUUCUCAAAAGCAACAUGCAAAUGAAGGUGAUCGACCCGAAGACCGGCGAGACUCUCGGCCCGAACAGAAUCGGCGAGCUGUGCUUCAAGUCGGCCACCGCGAUGACCGGAUACUACAAGGAUCCCGAGGCCACCAGCAGAGUCAUCGAUGAGCAAGGUUGGCUGCACAGCGGCGACCUCGGCUACUACGACGAGAAAGGCGAGAUCGUCUACAUGGACAGGCUGACGGAGGUCAUGCGGUUCCGGGACAACGAGGUGUCGCCCAUAGAGAUCGAGCAAGCCCUCGUCGCUCAUCCCGAGGUCCUGGAAGCCUGCGUAGUGCCCGUGCCGCAUUCCACCGAUAAUCACCAUCCUAUGGCCUUCGUGAAGAAGGUACCCGGCGCUAAGCUGACGGAGGAGGACCUGGUGCAGGUCUCUUCGGAGCUCGGCGACUCGAAGAAGCUCCGGGGCGGCGUGAGGUUCGUCGACGAGAUCCCGAAGGCCAAAGCGUCCGGCAAAGUCCGCCGCAAGAGCCUCAAGGAAAUGGCCAAAGCUUAUGCGCUCCUGUGAUAUCGCUGUAAAUUUAAUAUCGCGCGAAUUACGUUUAUCGCGUAGCGUCUUCGACAAUCGACACUUCAAGUGUGUGAGGAGACAGAUAACGCUGCACAAUAAACACGUUAGGUAAUCGCUCGGAAAGGUAAAAAUUGAUUGUUUUUGCCGAUUUUCGAUCGGGAUACACGUUAUAUGCGAGCAAUCUCUCCAACGGGACGAUUGUUUUUGUAAUAAAUUAUUCAAAAAUCUCUUACGAGAUCCACGCAUA